GUCACAGGGAGAAGCACGGGAGAUCCAAACAGAACCUGACAGCGUUAGCUUUGCUUCUGAGACUGUCAGGAGACUCCAUCUGUUCUUCUAGGCGGAGCAUUUCACUGUCUGCAUUAAAAAUGUCUUCAGUUCAGCCCCAGAGAGCGCUAAGUAAGGAGCAUGAAACUCCCGCUGAAGAAACAUUUCCUGAGUUUAAAGAAAUCAUCGUCAAGUCCGAAGAGGAGGUCGAUGAUCUGCCUCAAUAUUAUGACAGUAAAGACGACCAGCAGCCCUCUAGCCAGGAGAAGAAAACCAGUUUGGACGAGGAGGAACCAGAACGUCUUCUGAUGAAACGGGACCAAGAGGAGCAGGUGGAGCUGGUACAUCUGGAAAUAAAAGAGGAAGAGGAGGAACUUUACAUCAGUCAGGAUCAAGAGAGCGUUGUGUUGAAGCAGGAGAUUGAUACUUCAACAAUGACUCGUUGCAAUAAGGAAAAAUCUGCUUCUAAACGUAACCAGGAAGUUCCUGAAUCUAAGAAACAGGAUCUUGAAGACCCUGGAUCCAGAAAAGACGAAGAACCAAAACAAAACAGCUUCCUGAAAACUCAUACAUUCAAGAAUCUAUACUCCUGUAAAAUUUGUGGCAAAAUUUUCCCUCAAAACAGUCACUUAACGAGACACAUGAGAAUUCACACAGGUGAGAAGCCGUUUUCAUGUGUCACCUGUGGAAAAUGCUUCAGUCAGAAAGGUAACUUAGCGUAUCACAUGAAGGGUCACACCGGUGAGAAGCCCUUCUCGUGCAUCACCUGUGGAAAAAGUUUUAGUUUCAAAAGUAUUUUACUCAUUCAUUCAAGAAUUCACACGGCUGAGAAGCCCUUCUCAUGUCUGACCUGUGGAAAAAGCUUCACCCAGAAAAGCAGUUUGACGUAUCACAUGCGGGUUCACACGGGUGAGAAGCCGUUCUCCUGCAUGUUCUGUGGAAAAACCUUCAGGCAAAGAUCGAAAUUAACUCGUCACACCAGAAUCCACACUGGCGAGAAGGCCUGAAACUGAAGCAGCAAGGUGCUUUUGAAACUCAACUGUUCAGAAUCUGGAGUGAUUAAUAAGUAAUCACAGCUUAACUACAUUUUUCUGAUGAAAAACUAAAAGAAUCGCACUAAAAUAUUAAUUACACUAAUGUAAUGUCUUUCUGCCAAAUUUGACUUCCCAGUUUAAAGGGAGGGUCAAUCGGCGAACCAAACAGUGCUGAUGUUUGAUCUUUUUGUCUUCUUCUGCAUGGAUCUUCAUCGACUUCAAAGAAAGUCUGACUUGUGAUGUUUUUUCAGUGUAUUCUUUUCAUAUGCAGACUGUUUUUAAGAAGGUUUAGUUUAGAGAAUGUGUCGAUAAAAUGAUUUAAAUGUCUGAUUUAAAAAUGUCUGUAGGUUUUACAGAACAAAAUGGACUGCUUGUGAGUUUUUCCUCACAACAAACAUGACAUCCUGGUUGCUAAUAGGGACCAUUGAAGUUUAAAUACAUAAAAGCAUAACUGACAUUUUAAUGUGAAUGUUUUCCUUCGUGUUCAGUGUUAUGAAUAGAAAAGGAAUAAAAACCUGGUUGAUGCCGCAUCA